AUGCCAUUAAAGGAUGUACUUGAAGUAAGUGGAUUUAAACAUGGAAAGACUGGAUUACGCACAGACGCAACGAUAGAAAAGCAAACAAAAUUGAAAGGCAUUGGAAUGGAGAAUAAAAAAUGGGCAGAGAAAGUGUAUAAUGUGGAUGCAGCGGUGGAAAGAGAUGUGAUGUUAAAAGUAAAUGAGAUAAAUCGGGAGGGGCAGCAUAACUCAAAUUACGCAAUAACCAUUCCAUUACCUCUAUCUAUCAAGAAAGGAGAUGAAUGCAUAGCCCUUAUACAUCCGACAGGUACAUCAUUUGAAAAGUCAGCGAAACGACGUUCUCAGUUAGGCGCCUUUACUUUGAAGGAGCAAUCAUGUUUGUCACUGCUAAAACCAUUCUACUCCCAAAAUUAUUUUUUUUCACCACUUAACAAUGCACUGUUUUGUAUCAGUUUUGCAUACAAAGGUAGAGCAAACUGGUCGAAGACACUGCCAAAAGUGGAUUUAAAAUCAUUUCUUUUUGUGCUAUUACAACGAAUAAAAUUGAGUACCCGCGAGAUUUUAUUUUUAUGCGUCACCCUUAAAAACAAAGUGGUUUUUAUUCCAACCAACUACACACCUACAACAUUCACUAAUAAUAGACGUUUUGAUGGUGAUUUGUGUGGACUUUUAGCUACAAUUCGACACACAUGA